AUGUCUAACAAGAUUCCAAGCACUUCUCAUUCUAACAAGGUUUCAGGAGCUUCCCAUUCUAAUAAUGUUUCAAGUACUUCUUUUUCUAACAAAAUUGCUCCUAAGGGUAAUCUUCCAGGCACUGCAAGACCAUUUACAAAACUUGUAUCUGUUUUCAUUGAUAAUUCGAGUAUUCUUUUUGAGGGACAAUAUACUGUAGGACGUAUUGUGCAUGCAAGUGCAUAUGAUCGAAGAAGAAAAUCUGCAUAUCUUAAUGAACUCAAAAUUGAUUAUGGCCGUCUUCUUUCAAGAGUAUUACGUGGACGAGAAAUGAGCAACAAUCCAACAAUAGUUGGCAUUCAACCACCUAAAAUGGAUUCACUAUGGAAUUAUGUUCAAAGUUUGGGUUAUAAAGUGACAUUUCAUGCAAUAAAUAAAGAGAAAAAAGGUAGCUUAACUUUCAUAAAUUCAACUUUAACAAUUGCUGGAAUGAAUACCAUACAGGAAAAGGAUCCUGGUACAAUGAUUAUCAUUUCAAGUGACGAUAGUUACAAUCCUUUAGCAAAGGAAGCCAUUAAGCGAGGGUGGAAAGUAGAAACUUGGUUCUGGAUAAAAGGUGAUUAUGACUUAACAGCUAAUGAAAAAUCAAGACAUUUUUAUAACUAUUUGGGUAGUCAAUAUAAAUAUUUUACAUAUGCAUGUACUGAAGGAGACUAUCAUCCUCGUAAUAAGUUUGUCCUUGAAAUAGAUUACAGUGAUACACCUGAAGAAUUUAAUGAUAAAAAUAUAAUGGAAUUACAUUUUAUGUCAGAAUUAUUUGGAUGGUGGAAUCGGGAUAAAAUAGCGUGCGAGUGUCCAGAAAAUUACCCCACUCCGAAUAUUUAUCGGACAUACAUGGAUAGUUUUUAA